AUGCACCAAGGGCAGGGCACUCCUGCUCCUACCGCCGCCGCCGCCGCCUCGCCGAGCAGCCGCGCCCGCCGCAUCGCCCGCCGCACCCGGGACGGCUGCGCCACAACCCUCGCCAAUACCCUCUGCUCCCUCCUCCUGGGCCUCCUCCUCAUCGCCGCCGUCAUUGUCUUCGUUAUCUGGCUCGGCCUGCGCCCGCACCGCCCGCGCUUCAACAUCGCCUCCUGCUCCGUGGCCGGCGGCCUCGACCCGGACUCUAGCCCGGCCGGCGCCAGCCUCGCCUUCAACGUCACCGACCGCAACCCCAACCGCCACAUUGGCAUCUACUACGACGCCAUGCACUCAUCCGUCCACUUCUACGACGCGCUCGUCGCCUCCGGCCCGGCCUUCGCCGCCGGUUGGUACCAGCCCAACAGGACCACCACCUCAAUCACGGGACUCCUCGACGUCCUCGGCCCCGCCACCACCGACGCCUCCUGGCCCUCCUUCUCCGCGGCGGUCCGGGCCGGCCGCGUGCCGCUGCGCCUGCAGCUCACCACGGCCAUCCGCUUCAGGGUUGCCAACGCUUUCCACUCGGGCCGCCAGAGGAUGCAUGUCAGCUGCGACCUGCUCGUCGGCGCCGACGGCGAGCUGCUGCCGGACUCCGUCGGAGCCCCUUGUGACAGAUACAUCUGA